AUGCAAGCUAUUGCCGAUAGUUUUAGCGCACCAAACAGAUUAGUAAAGGAGCUACAGUAUGACAACGAACAAAAUCUAGAAAACGACUUCGUGACGGGCGCAUCUCAAUUUCAUCAUUUGGCGCCGACACUUACGGUUCCUCCAAUUGCUUCUCCACAACAGUUUUUGAGGGCACACACGGAUGAUUCACGAAACCCAGAUUGUAGAAUCAAGAUCGCGCACGGUACCACCACCCUAGCAUUCAGAUUCCAAGGCGGCAUUGUAGUAGCAGUGGAUUCUCGUGCUACUGCCGGGAAUUGGGUUGCUUCUCAAACAGUGAAGAAAGUUAUUGAAAUCAAUCCAUUUUUGUUGGGUACAUUGGCUGGUGGUGCGGCCGAUUGUCAAUUUUGGGAAACUUGGUUAGGUUCUCAAUGUAGACUACACGAAUUAAGAGAAAAGGAACGUAUAUCUGUUGCAGCUGCUUCCAAGAUUCUAAGCAAUUUAGUAUACCAAUAUAAAGGUGCAGGUUUAUCAAUGGGUACUAUGGUCUGUGGUUACACCAAAAAGGAAGGUCCAACCAUUUAUUACGUCGAUUCAGAUGGUACGAGAUUAAAGGGUGAUAUAUUCUGCGUUGGUUCAGGUCAAACGUUCGCAUAUGGUGUCCUGGAUUCUAAUUAUAAAUGGGAUUUGUCCGUUGAAGAUGCCUUAUAUUUGGGUAAGAGGUCCAUCUUAGCUGCCGCUCAUAGAGAUGCUUUUUCGGGUGGUUCUGUAAACUUAUACCAUGUCACUGAAGAUGGCUGGAUAUAUCAUGGUAACCAUGAUAUCGGCGAACUAUUCUGGGAAAUCAAAGAAAAGGAGGGAUCUUUCAACAACGUCAUCGGCUAA